AUGCUUGCAGUUGGCAACAAUCAGAUAUCAACAAUAGGAAGCUGUACCAAGGAAGAGAUAGCCUCGUUUCUGAGACCAAGCGGUAUUAAUGCCUACGUAAAUGGCUACGACAUGCGUCCACAAGAAUGCACCUGCUGGGACGGUCAAUUGCAAACCAAGACCUCGGAAUUUUGUCUCGAUACCGAGAUGCUCCUCCAUUUGAUGGCGAUGAGCGGGAUCUCCAAAAAGAGAGCUGCCAAAGACCAAGAGCCGCAGAUCUCGAAGCAAAACAAGUUCAAAGAGGCCUUCAAAGAAUGGCACUCCCUAUCAUCGCUGCGUGCCAAAGUGAAGCAGAGCGUUCUACGCAAUGCGGGAAACGGUCAGCAAAACCGCAGCAGUCGCUACGUCUGUAUGUCGCCAGUAAUCGAGUGUCAGUAUCCGACGGAGCAAUCAGCGAUAAGCUACUGUUCAACACAGACGAGUGAGGGCACAGUGGUGCACGACGAGAUUUUUGCAUGCCACGUUGCUAAGCGAAACUCAACAACAAAUAUUCUACGUCUAAUAGAAGUAAUAGAAUAA